GAGUGGCUGCUCGCGUUCUUUUGUGUCGGCGGGUCUGCCGAUCCCCACCGCUGAGCUCGAUCCUCUGCAGGACAAGGGAAGCAUGAUAGUGUCGGGGAAGAGCUUUGCCCCUCGUUUCAGGUGGUUUCCCCACCUGCUCCCAUGCAGCAGUAACCGGAGGCUACUCAAACCUGCACGGGCGAAGAAAGAGAACAUUGGAGGAGACUCCCAAGCAGGAGAAACAACCUUCUCCCUGAGGGCAUCCAAAGCUGUUCUUGCCAGAUCUGCUGUUGUCCUAUUUGGACUGGGAUUCCUUGAUGCUGGGUACAGUGGGGACUGGUCUAGAAUUGGUGUGAUCUCAAAGGAGACUGAAGACUUGCUGAAGAUUGCAGCCUAUUUGAGUUUGUCAAACUCUAAUCUUCUAACCAAUACAUAGGAAGGAAGAAUGCACAAAAGAUGAGAAUAAUACAAUCACAAGACUGCUUUGAAAUCCAUUUUACGAGACCGCGAAAUGGGAGAAGAUAACGUAUGCUCUCGAUCUAUAACCUCUCCGAGGGUCAUCAUCACGGCGAAGAACCCCCAGCUUUUCCUUAUCUGCACAUUCGCAACAAGGAAUUCCUUUGGGAGAAAUUUUCCACACAAAAUGGAAGCACAAAAACCUCAAUCCGAAAAGCCCCGGUCAGUUGAUCAAGCCAUGGCCUCAUGCCGAAAGAAGAAAUCGGAGGAAGCUAGCUUUUUGGAGGAUCUGAGAGACCAUAUGGAUGAAUUCAUUAAUGCCUCUAUGGAUGAGCACAAAUCUUGCUUUAAAAAGACUAUCCAAAAGAUGUUUGGAAUGUCAAAGAGUGUUGCACAGAGGACUUCAGAAACCAAAGAAGUGGAAAGUUCUGUGCCACUUGAGACCACCGUGGUUCAGUGACUGUGGAAAGGUGCUUCUGCUUCUGUUACUUCCUGCACGACUAGUAAUAGUUUUGGAUUGCUGGUUUAUGUUCUGCACAGCUCUAUUGUUUAGAUGAUAUACAUUAGUAGAUCUGCAGUUAUUUCUGAUAAAAUGUUAGCUCCCACUACUGUACAAAUUCUGUCAUAAAUUUUGUGGUUUUCAUGGUUUUAUA